AUGGCUCUUACGUUUUUUGUGGAGGGCCUCUCGUGCCGGGUCGACGAGCGCUGCAUCUUUUUCGUCACGGGCAACGCGCGGAAGGAGGUCGAGGUCAACGCAAUCCUCCGCGAAGCAAAUAUAGCGCCCUUCCGUGUUGUGCACGUCGAUAUUGACCUGCCAGAGCUUCAGGGCCCUCUGGGUGACCGCGGCGCGCUGGACAUUGCGCGCGCAAAGUGCCUGGAGGCGAGCGAGCGGGUCGGAGCCGCCGUGUUGGUCGAGGACACCAGCCUAAGCUUCCCUGCGCUCGGUGGCUUGCCUGGGCCGUACAUCAAGUGGUUCAUCGAUGCGAUCGGAAACGAUGGGCUGUGGCGCCUGCUCGAGACCAGCGACGACCGCUCGGCCUUUUGCCAGUGCACCCUAUGCUACUCGUCGGGCCCCGGAGCGGAGCCGCUCCUCUUCGUCGGCAGGACCGACGGCGCGAUCGUCCCGCCCCACGCUUCGAGUGGCGGCGGCGGCUUCGGCUGGGACGCGAUCUUUGUGCCUGACGGGCAUGAGGUUCCCUUCGCAGCGCUGUCGCUCAAGGAGAAGAAUGCUAUAUCGCACAGGGCGAGAGCGCUGGAGAAGUUCGUCGCCCACUGCAAGCGACCGCUCGGGCUCUCCGAGCCUCCAGGACGUGCAGAAGACGCAUAA